AUGGGGCUGCUCAGUCCCGCUGCACCGAGUCAGGGAGAGGGGCUGCUUCAAAGCGGCGCCGGCGAAACCGCCUCCCACCCGGCACACAGUAGGCGCUCCAAAAGUGAUUGCCCAGCCCCGGGCCCGGGGAGAGCACCUUCGGGGGGAGAAGCCAGCGAGAAGGCCCGCUUGCCAGCUGGCCCGGCCCGGCGGCCAAGGCGGAAGGGUUGGAUGUUGACAUACAGCCGCGGGAAGGCAGCUCGGCUCCAGGCAGGACUCGCAGGGAGGGCGACCAGCUACACGUGGGCCCUCGACCGCGGUCCAACCGACCUCCCCUCGGCUCAAGGAGCGCGCCCCCGCCCUCCGCGGCGCCGCUCCGGGGGCCGGUCUCCAGGGGCCCGCGGACGCCCAAUUGGAGAGCAUCAAUUGACAGGCCAUAAAGUGGCAGUUAAAAUCUUAAAUAGACAGAAGAUUCGCAGUUUAGAUGUUGUUGGAAAAAUAAAACGAGAAAUUCAAAAUCUAAAACUCUUUCGUCAUCCUCAUAUUAUCAAACUAUACCAAGUGAUCAGCACCCCAACAGAUUUUUUUAUGGUAAUGGAAUAUGUGUCUGGCGGUGAAUUAUUUGACUACAUCUGUAAGCAUGGACGGGUUGAAGAGAUAGAAGCCAGACGGCUCUUUCAGCAGAUUCUGUCUGCUGUGGAUUACUGCCAUAGGCAUAUGGUUGUUCAUCGAGACCUGAAACCGGAGAAUGUCCUGUUGGAUGCACACAUGAAUGCCAAGAUCGCUGAUUUUGGAUUAUCUAAUAUGAUGUCAGACGGUGAAUUUCUGCGAACUAGUUGUGGCUCUCCAAAUUAUGCAGCACCAGAAGUCAUCUCAGGCAGAUUGUACGCGGGCCCUGAAGUUGAUAUCUGGAGCUGUGGUGUUAUCUUGUAUGCGCUCCUGUGUGGUACCCUCCCAUUUGAUGAUGAGCAUGUGCCUACAUUAUUUAAGAAGAUCCGAGGGGGUGUUUUUUAUAUUCCAGAAUAUCUCAAUCGUUCUGUUGCCACUCUCCUGAUGCACAUGCUACAGGUUGACCCACUGAAACGAGCAACUAUCAAAGACAUAAGAGAGCAUGAAUGGUUUAAACAAGAUUUGCCCACUUACUUAUUUCCUGAAGACCCCUCCUAUGAUGCUAACGUCAUUGAUGAUGAGGCUGUGAAAGAAGUGUGUGAAAAAUUUGAGUGUACAGAAUCAGAAGUAAUGAACAGUUUAUAUAGUGGUGACCCUCAAGACCAGCUUGCAGUGGCUUAUCAUCUUAUCAUUGACAAUCGGAGAAUAAUGAACCAAGCCAGUGAGUUCUACCUUGCCUCUAGUCCUCCAUCUGGUUCCUUUAUGGAUGAUAGUGCCAUGCAUAUCCCCCCAGGCCUGAAACCUCAUCCAGAAAGGAUGCCACCUCUUAUAGCAGACAGCCCAAAAGCAAGAUGUCCAUUGGAUGCACUGAAUACCACUAAGCCCAAAUCUUUAGCUGUGAAAAAAGCCAAGUGGCAUCUUGGAAUCCGAAGUCAGAGUAAACCCUAUGACAUCAUGGCUGAAGUUUACCGAGCAAUGAAGCAGCUGGAUUUUGAAUGGAAGGUAGUAAAUGCUUACCAUCUUCGUGUAAGAAGAAAAAAUCCAGUGACUGGCAAUUAUGUGAAAAUGAGCUUACAGCUUUACCUGGUUGACAACAGGAGCUAUCUUUUAGACUUUAAAAGCAUUGAUGAUGAGGUAGUGGAGCAGAGGUCUGGUUCCUCAACACCUCAGCGUUCCUGUUCUGCUGCUGGCUUACACAGACCAAGAUCGAGUUUUGAUUCUGCAACUGCAGAAAGCCAUUCACUUUCUGGCUCUCUCACUGGCUCUUUGACUGGAAGCACAUUGUCUUCAGUUUCACCUCGUUUGGGCAGUCACACCAUGGAUUUUUUUGAAAUGUGUGCCAGUCUGAUCACUACUUUAGCCCGUUGAUAAUCUGUCCCUCAUUUCCAUCUUUCUGUUAUUGCACUGUGAAAAAUUAGCUGUGUUCUUUAAAUUGUAAUCUUUCUUUUGGGUAACACACUCUGCAAUACUCACUGAGGUUCAGGAAUAUUUUCAGGAGACACACAAUGUUAUUGAAAUCACUGAAAAAAAACAAAAACUUGACAUCCUAUUUACUUGUAGAAAUCUGUAAUUAUACUGUGCCUGUGAUAAAUUUCACAUGUGCAGUGUCGCUUAACAGGUGAAUAUCGAUGAGGAUUGUUAAUUUCUAGUUGUGCAUUCACUACAGACAAUUAACACACCUCACUGAUGAAUCAUCUUGGUGUAAGGGUGAUUUGGCAACACCUCCUUCAUUAUUGUUUAGUGUAGUUAAAUCCAGUUUACUUCCUAAAUUUCAGUAGGUGUUAAGCUGGGGUUAUACCCCCAAUUACUUUUCAUAAGAAGAUUAAAAAGUAAAAGAACCAUGGGUAAGAUAUUAUUUAAAUGUUUAAGUCUUAAAAGCCUGCCCCCAAAAUUUUAGAAACCAGGUUCUUCUCCCUGUAUUUUUGCAAAUAUUGCCUAGUGUUCAACAGAAGGGCUGUGGUCUUGUAACAGGUAACCACAACUUUCAGGUUCCUUAAAAACAGCUGUAACUAACUCAGGAUUUUACCUUGAGAUUUCCAUGAAUAAUAUAUUGAUCUUAAGAGCCUCUAAGGUUCAACUUAAAAUUGGAACAUCUGGAAUUGCAAGUUUUCAUCUUUUACCUAAAUUUAUGUCAUUUAAAAAUAUACUUUCAAAACUUACCUUCCUCAGAUUCCUUUUGACUCUAUUUUUGCACUUCACCAAGAAUGAUAAAAGAAUUAAAUGAAACAAAGCAAAAUGCCAACAAUCCCUUCAAAUGAGAACUCUAUCUUUGAUCUUUUAUUUUGUGUGUUAGGAGGUUGGGGUUCUGUUGCAUCUCAUAAUGCUAGUCCUUCAUUUGGGCCCACUCCCUUCCCCCCACCUUUUCUCAUCACUAUUGUCUUUGUUCAUUGUUUGAUCUUCAUUGGCUCAUGGAGUUAGUUUUUGAAUAUUUUCUAGUUCCCUUUCUUGGUUACUAGCUUUUAGGUUUGAAAAUACUGUUCUGGCCCUAGGGACUUUUGUACACUUCCAAAGCUUGAUAGGCUAUGACCUUCACUGUUGAACCUGAAGAGGCUAGGAAGCCUUAAACAUUUAAAAAAAUUAUCUCUUGAAUAAAUAUAUGUGUUGUUUACAUAUACAUAUGUAUUCACACAUCAGUGCUUUUAAGCGAAAACCAAACCAUUUUUAGUUUGUUUUGUGUUGUGCAGAUUUUUUUCUUAAGAUUAAAUAAACUAUAUAUAGCAGGGUAGAUAAUAGUCCAUUGAUUAUAUUUUGUUUUAGUAAAAGUAUUUAAUUUUUAAAUUAUGUGUAAUUUAUCUAAUUGUAUUUAUUCAUUUGUUAUGUUUAUGUUGUAAUUAACAAUUUCAUUCACCUGGCUUGCCCUAGAAAAUAUUAAGCUCUUGAAAAAAAAUGACAUUACCUUGACAGGUUUCUCUUUGCCAAAAAUAAUGUAUUUUCUACCAAGAAGCAAAUAAGAAUGUUAGACCAAGUUGCUCCUGUGUUUGUGGAAGACAAGCAUGUUUAUCUUUAAACAGUUUUUGAGUCAGGAGUUUGCAUUAUGCCACAUCAUAUUGUUUUGUAGAUCUUUUAAAGAUAGUAUUAAAUA